CUUUCAUACAGCGCAGGUAUCAUUUCAUUCACAGACGAUAUCUUGUACAGUUGAAGUGGAGGCUGUUGUGGUCCGUCUCCUCCCAGCGAGGCUCGUUUAUUGUAAGGAGAGAUUUACCGACGCCAGGCUGACAAAGAUUUACUGAAGCUCUACCAUGCCCGUGGCCUCCACCAGGACAGAGCCUGUACCCCAGGUGUUGGAUGCAAUGAGCGACAGCACAGCCAGCUCCACCACAGCCAAUGACCUGGACCUCAUCUACCUCAAAGGCAUCAUGGAGAGCCCACUGGAGCAAGAGGAGAGCCUGAAAGAGCCACGACUGUCGCCUGUGAGGGAGAACAACAUGGAGCUCCUGCAGGAGAUCCUCAGAGACCUGGACCCAUUCACCCAUCGUUCUGACACUGCAGCUGAGCUCGCCAGCAUUCUCACACAGCCUCACUUCCAGUCUCUGCUGGAGACACAUGAUUCAGUGGCGGCCCAGGCAUGUGAAAGUCCACCUCCCAGCCCGUGUGAUUUUGUGGAUCACGAACCAGAAGACAGCCAAGCACACAACCACCUUCCAUCUGAUGCCAUCCGCAUGGUGGGCAUACGCAAAAUCGCAGGAGAGCAUCUGGGUGUGACAUUCAAGGUGGAGGGUGGGGAGCUGGUUAUAGCCCGCAUCCUUCAUGGCGGGAUGAUAGACCAACAAGGACUGCUGCACGUCGGUGAUAUCAUCAAAGAGGUGAAUGGACGAGAAGUGGGCCGGGACCCCAGAGUGUUGCAAGAAGAGCUUCAAGCCGCUAGUGGAAUUGUGGUUCUGAAGAUACUGCCCAGCUAUCACGAAACCAUAGCACCUAGACAGGUAACACACCAAGCGCAGAACAGACAUGUAUUCUUUAAGUGUCACUAUGACUAUGACCCAGCCAAUGACAACCUGAUUCCUUGUAAGGAGGCGGGGUUAAGGUUUGAGACCGGAGAUAUCCUGCAAAUAGUCAAUCAGGAUGAUGUCAACUGGUGGCAGGCGCGUCAUGUGGAGGGUGGGAGUGCCGGCUUAAUCCCCAGUCAGAUGCUGGAGGAAAAAAGGAAAGCUUUUGUUAAGAUAGAUGUGGAGCUGGCACCUGCAGGAAAUCUGUGUACUGGUAUUGGGAAGAAGAAGAAGAAAAUGAUGUACGUGACCACCAAAAAUGCAGAGUUCGACAGACAUGAGAUACUGCUCUAUGAGGAGGUUGCCAAGGUCCCGCCUUUCAAGAGGAAAACUCUUAUUCUGAUUGGUGCUCAAGGUGUGGGGAGGCGGAGACUAAAGAAUAAGCUUCUACUGAGGGAUCCACAGCUCUUUGGCACCAUAAUUCCAUACACCUCCAGAAAACCCAAAAAGGGAGAGCGUGAGAGUCGGAUGUUUGCUUUCACUAGCCGCAGCAAAAUGGAGACUGACAUCAAGAACGGGCGCUUUCUAGAACACGGAGAGUAUGAUGGCAACCUGUACGGCUUGAAGAUCGACUCCAUACAUGAGGUGGUGGAGGCAGGACGCGUCUGCAUACUGGACGCCAACCCUCAGUCUCUCAAAGUUCUGCGGACCUCUGAGUUCCUGCCCUACAUCGUGUUCCUUCAAGCUCCAGAGUUCGAGGUGCUCAAGGCAAUAAAUCAGUCAGCUGUAGAGGCAGAGGUGGUCACCAAGACACUGAUGGAUGAAGAGCUGCAAAGGACGUGCAAUGAGAGUGCUAAAAUCCAGGCAACCUAUGGUCACUACUUUGACCUCAGCAUCGUCAAUGACAACCUCGAUGAGACAUACCGCACCGUCAAAGCAGCGCUGGAAACAGUUUCUAAAAAUCCGCAGUGGGUCCCCGUCACCUGGGUGUUCUAGACAGGGAAGUGUGCAGGACUGAGGAGAGAGGGAACAAGACAGACACUGAAAACAGCCCACUGUGUAAAUAAUGGGUAAUAACUUUGCAGGAUAAAUUCUAAAAUUUCCAUAAUUUAAACAGGAUAUUUUUUUCAGUGUGGGAAAGAAAAAGAAUUGAAGAAUGAAUGACAGAAACAAGGAGGUGAAAAAAGAAAUUCUUCAUGUCAAAAAGUGUGUGUGUGCAUGUGUGUUCCUGUUUACACAGGGACAUAAAGCAAAGACUUUUAUGGGUUUUUUUUUUUUUUAAUUAUUUGUGCCAUUACUGAUGAUCAUCAGGAGACACUAUCAUUGUUUACAUUGUUUGCAUUGGACGGUAUCACCUGACCCAGUGCCAUCAGGAACAAACAAGCUCGGUCACUUUUAGCAUGGAUUCUCUCAUCAGCUGGAAAAAUUAGAAAUAAUUUCCUACUGCCCUCUAUAGUAAUUGUGAAUGUUUCACAUACAGGUUAAAUUGUACAAGGCUUCCUACUAAUCACCAGAUGUCCAUGGACAAUGUUUUCUAGCUUAAGUCUGGUGAAUCUGUCGUGAUCUUUAACAAAUGGAGUAACAUUGGUUGAAAAUGUUUACAAGACAUCUGGAUCACACCUAGCAUGAAACUUCUCAACCAAAUUUAGACAUAAAACAACAUUUUUUUCAGUGUCAGUUCCAGCAAGUUUUGUACUGGGUGGUUCAAACUAUGAGUUUCUCAUAAUGCUGGCCUCUUCUCAGUGUUCUCAUAUCAAACUUGAGCCAUCUUUAACUCUGUGAAUGGGGCCACUAUUGAGAGGAAAUCCUAGAAUGAACCAUAUGACUCUUAGAAGAUGCACAGUUCAUAUAAAACAACCAUUUAGACAAAUUCAGCUGGUGAUAAUCACGUAUUACUGCCUUUGGGCCUGGUCACACUAACACUUCACAGUGAUUUACUUUAAUUAAUGGAUUUUACUCACAGUGGUUACGCUCAACUGAGGUACAUUUAGGUGCAUGCAUCCUUAACCAAUUGUAAACCAACAUGACUGUGCUGAGAUUUACAGAGACAAGUACAGAAGAGCAAUGAUGGAAUCUGUGUGACAACCUUGUAGACAAACACUGUUCCUGCAGCUUCUGCACUCAACACGAUUACAUUUUUAUGAACAUCACAAACCCAGCAAAAUAAUGAAAUUGUAAGAAUUCAAUCAUCUCACUCCAGUAACAUUUAUAUAAUCUGCAAACUUUUUAAUGACUCGUAUUUAACUACGCACCAUUUAUGCUGGUAUCUUCUUGGACCAGAUAUGCAUGCAGAGGUCCACGGCGCUUACUGUGCAGUUGCCUGGUGUGAGCAGGCCAUUAUAGGCAGAUCUUGAUCUAGGCUUCAGUUUGGGUCAACUAAACAUACAGAGCAAGGGUCAAAGACCAUGGAGCAAAACUGUCAUCAGGACGCAGUCAAUCAAGCACAGGGUGGUGAACAGUUCAACAGCAGCUUAAACUUUACUCUCUUUGAAUGCAAGUCAGUCAGAUACGUAAGUGAUCCCAAUAGCGCAGCAGAUAUUCCAGAACUGAGGAGCCCCAGUAUGUUUUACAGAGAAACUGCUCAACAUGCAAAAUCACUGAGGUCAUCUGUAAUUCUGUUAAACUCGUCCUGUCAUUCUCAAUUAGCACAUUUUAAUUUGCUGUUUGUGUUUUUGUAUUAAGUCAGCUGUAAAAAGUUUGUAGAUAGCAUGUACAUACACAGUGAUAUAGUAGGAAUGAGGUUCCUCCCUAGUAUUUACAGUAUGAGACACUUCUCAGAAUGUCAUUAGUAAAGACGUGUUGAUGGCAGCCUAAGACUGGAAAACACAGCAACUGAGACAUGUCAGAAUAACUGUGUGAUGGUAUUUUGACCAUUUGAAUGUCAACACAUUGUUUUUGUCUCUUUUUUUUGUCUUUGCUUUUCACUUGUAGUGUUGUUCACUCUUUGGCCAUCAUACAUGUCAGUGUCCACAGUGCCAACUUCAGAAAGCUCCUUUAGCAGAUUAUUGUACUCAAAUCCUUUUUGUGGCAGCUACUCAAUAUCUGAAUGCGCAAUCAUUUCGUGAUAUAAGAAAAAUUGGUGUUUAACAGUGAACUGAUUUUGGUUCUUUAGGCUGUGUUAGGGAGUGAUUUUUAGCCCGUCUUUGUAAAUAACAUUUAUAUUUAUGCUCUAGUUUUUAAAAAAGUGGCUUCAUAAAAGCAGAUAUUUGCUCGGCAGCUAUACUUGUGAUGUUGGAAUAUGCUGGAAUAAAACCGUCAUUACACUUGAGGACAUUCCAAAACCUCACUGUGUCCUUUUUUUCUAUGAAAUUUCAUGAAUGCAAUAAUCCAUUUUUGUCACUGUAUUAAUGUCCAUGCAUUGUAGUACCCUAGCAUAAUUCUAAUUAAUUCAUUUGGCUUUUUAUUGUUUUUGCACUGAUUAUGGUAUGUUUGAAUAAAGGAAGUAGGAAAUGACUUCAAGUAUCCAAUUUUGCAUAUAUGCAUAUGUACUCAAAAUGUGCUUCUGCAAAUAUGAAUGAAAACUGAACCGAUGUAAAGUAGUGGCCCUUUAAAGUGACUGCUCUGCAUUUAAAUAAAUCUCAGUCCUAUUGGUCACACAGUAAAGUAGUCUCUGGUUUCAGAUGGGCCAUUUUUUUAAUGAGAAUUGGUGACAUUUAUGCUGACAGUAAAAUGCAGAAAGAACAAUUUGAUUUUCUUACUUUUAUAGACAACAAAAUCACAUCUAAGUGGACAGUGAAUCAAUCUUGAAGCUUGAAGUUUUGUUGUAAGCCCGCCUUUAGUGAUGCU